UCCAUUUGAAUUUUUGCAGUGUGAGUGGGAUGGUCAAAGGUUUCCCUGGAAUGCCUGAGCGCAGACGACUUGGAAUCUCAAAUGCCAUGCUGGCUUACCUCACAUCUGCCAGGGUCAUCAGUGAGCCAGUUUGUAGGCCUGGAAGUAAGAGUGAUGCUGAGUGGCUUGAGGAAAACAUGGGUCCAUUUUCACAGUAUGCAACAUAUACUGACCUCAAAGCGCUGAACAUCUCUGCGGUGGCGGUUUUGGACGUCCUCUCACCAAAAGAGAAGGCUGAGCUGAUCCUGGAUCCAGAGAGCGGCGCUUUAGAGAAUGAGACCAUCCUCAGGGAGGUGUUCAAAGGCUUGAAGUCACAGGAUGAUGAGAAGCUCAGUCAGUUCUUCCAGGCCUUCGCAGACAUCAACAAGCAGAGAAACAUCACCUUUGUCACAAAUCCAACUGCACGAGACACCAUCCUGAACCUGACCUUGACAGCCCUUGCUCCUGAAUUUAAAGCCUUUGAGCCUGAAGACUUUGAGCUGUGGUUCCAGGUCAAUUUGGUCAGCGUCAUGGCCAGCAUCCAUCCUGGCAGCUUGGUGGUGAUUCCCAGGAACAUCAGCUGUGCAUCCUACAAAGCUAUUCUCACCGGUCUCAGGCAAAGCUUAAACACCCUGCCAAUGCACCUUUCACACGAUGUGAGAUCAGGCAUAGCAUCAUUCCAGGAGACCUUCAAGCGUUGCUCACUUCCCGAAUCCUUGGUGUGCAAGGAGACCACGGUUGAUGAGGACCUCGUAUGUGCUGCAGUCGAUCGAUCCCGACUUGAACAAACCCUGUCUACUGCCAAUUCCUCUGAAGCCCUGUGCAAUUUGACCAUCACAAUGCAUGCCUGUUCCUCAGCCUCUCAUCUCACGCCCAGCAACCUGGCAACCCUGUUGAAAUGCUCACUGGAAAGCCAAAAGACAUACACUGUAGAGGUCUGGAAGCUUCUCUUCCAAAAAACAUCAGCUGCACUAGACCAAGCUCUUGAAUCACUUGCAACCAUGGCCUCCAACAACAGCUACCCAUCCUCCUCAACUGCUCUCGAGGCGCGUGGAGAGGUCAGAUUUGCCAACUUCAGCCAGUCACAGUUGCAGAGUGACGAGUUUGUCAACAGCUGGUUCCAGACAAGGAUCCCUCCGUUUUUGGCUUCUCCAUCCAGGAACUUCCUAUCCUGCCUCAGCUCAAACAACUUCAGCUGCCAAACUUACCAGACCGUUGUCCGGGCAUUCAGCGGUCAGAAGUCAUUCAUGGACAGAGAGAGACAGCAAGCAGUCUUCACUCAUUUCAUCAAACCGUUCCUCUCAAGAAAUGGCUCGUCAGAUCCUGGCUGUGUCUCAUCUAGCAACGGAAGCACAGAGUGGCUACAGGCAAACCUUGGUGUCUUCUCUGGUUUUGCAACCCUGUCGGAUUUAAAGCUCCUCAAUCCCAACGUCUCCGCUGCUGAAUCCUUGUCGGCCUUCACUCCCGCUCAGAUGGCACAGCUAACACUGACGUCAGGGGCAUCCAAUGACACGGAGCAAAUCGCCCUUGUGUUUGAGCAACUCGAGAAAGGCGAUGCUCUGGAAAGUGUGAAUGAAUUCCUGACAGAGCUGACGGCAGACGAAAAGAGCCCUGACUUCCAACCUGUUGUGAGCGAUCGCAUAAUGAACAGGACCUUCCACAUCAUGAGUCCCCAUUUGAUCGACUUCAACACAGCGGACUGGUUUGCUUGGUUCCACAUCAAACUGGUUCCCGUCCUUUCAGGUUUCCGUGCAGUGAUGCUCACAAAUGUAGCCGCAAAUAUAAACUGCACAAACUACCAAGUUGUUGUGAGUGGGAUGGUCAAAGGUUUCCCUGGAAUGCCUGAGCGCAGACGACUUGGAAUCUCAAAUGCCAUGCUGGCUUACCUCACAUCUGCCAGGGUCAUCAGUGAGCCAGUUUGUAGGCCAGGAAGUAAGAGUGAUGCUGAGUGGCUUGAGGAAAACAUGGGUCCAUUUUCACAGUAUGCAACAUAUACUGACCUCAAAGCGCUGAACAUCUCUGCGGUGGCGGUUUUGGACGUCCUCUCACCAAAAGAGAAGGCUGAGCUGAUCCUGGAUCCAGAGAGCGGCGCUUUAGAGAAUGAGACCAUCCUCAGGGAGGUGUUCAAAGGCUUGAAGUCACAGGAUGAUGAGAAGCUCAGUCAGUUCUUCCAAGCUUUCGCAGACAUCAACAAGCAGAGAAACAUCACCUUUGUCACAAAUCCAACUGCACGAGACACCAUCCUGAACCUGACCUUGACAGCCCUUGCUCCUGAAUUUAAAGCCUUUGAGCCUGAAGACUUUGAGCUGUGGUUCCAGGUCAAUUUGGUCAGCGUCAUGGCCAGCAUCCAUCCUGGCAGCUUGGUGGUGAUUCCCAGGAACAUCAGCUGUGCAUCCUACAAAGCUAUUCUCACCGGUCUCAGGCAAAGCUUAAACACCCUGCCAAUGCACCUUUCACACGAUGUGAGAUCAGGCAUAGCAUCAUUCCAGGAGACCUUCAAGCGUUGCUCACUUCCCGAAUCCUUGGUGUGCAAGGAGACCACGGUUGAUGAGGACCUCGUAUGUGCUGCAGUCGAUCGAUCCCGACUUGAACAAACCCUGUCUACUGCCAAUUCCUCUGAAGCCCUGUGCAAUUUGACCAUCACAAUGCAUGCCUGUUCCUCAGCCUCUCAUCUCACGCCCAGCAACCUGGCAACCCUGUUGAAAUGCUCACUGGAAAGCCAAAAGACAUACACUGUAGAGGUCUGGAAGCUUCUCUUCCAAAAAACAUCAGCUGCACUAGACCAAGCUUUUGAAUCACUUGCAACCAUGGCCUCCAACAACAGCUACCCAUCCUCCUCAACUGCUCUCGAGGCGCUUGGAGAGGUCAGAUUUGCCAACUUCAGCCAGUCACAGUUGCAGAGUGACGAGUUUGUCAACAGCUGGUUCCAGACAAGGAUCCCUCCGUUUUUGGCUUCUCCAUCCAGGAACUUCCUAUCCUGCCUCAGCUCAAACAACUUCAGCUGCCAAACUUACCAGACCGUUGUCCGGGCAUUCAGCGGUCAGAAGUCAUUCAUGGACAGAGAGAGACAGCAAGCAGUCUUCACUCAUUUCAUCAAACCGUUCCUCUCAAGAAAUGGCUCGUCAGAUCCUGGCUGUGUCUCAUCUAGCAACGGAAGCACAGAGUGGCUACAGGCAAACCUUGGUGUCUUCUCUGGUUUUGCAACCCUGUCGGAUUUAAAGCUCCUCAAUCCCAACGUCUCCGCUGCUGAAUCCUUGUCGGCCUUCACUCCCGCUCAGAUGGCACAGCUAACACUGACGUCAGGGGCAUCCAAUGACACGGAGCAAAUCGACCUUGUGUUUGAGCAACUAGAGAAAGGCGAUGCUCUGGAAAGUGUGAAUGAAUUCCUGACAGAGCUGACGGCAGACGAAAAGAGCCCUGACUUCCAACCUGUUGUGAGCGAUCGCAUAAUGAACAGGACCUUCCACAUCAUGAGUCCCCAUUUGAUCGACUUCAACACAGCGGACUGGUUUGCUUGGUUCCACAUCAAACUGGUUCCCGUCCUUUCAGGUUUCCGUGCAGUGAUGCUCACAAAUGUAGCCGCAAAUAUAAACUGCACAAACUACCAAGUUGUUGUGAGUGGGAUGGUCAAAGGUUUCCCUGGAAUGCCUGAGCGCAGACGACUUGGAAUCUCAAAUGCCAUGCUGGCUUACCUCACAUCUGCCAGGGUCAUCAGUGAGCCAGUUUGUAGGCCAGGAAGUAAGAGUGAUGCUGAGUGGCUUGAGGAAAACAUGGGUCCAUUUUCACAGUAUGCAACAUAUACUGACCUCAAAGCGCUGAACAUCUCUGCGGUGGCGGUUUUGGACGUCCUCUCACCAAAAGAGAAGGCUGAGCUGAUCCUGGAUCCAGAGAGCGGCGCUUUAGAGAAUGAGACCAUCCUCAGGGAGGUGUUCAAAGGCUUGAAGUCACAGGAUGAUGAGAAGCUCAGUCAGUUCUUCCAAGCUUUCGCAGACAUCAACAAGCAGAGAAACAUCACCUUUGUCACAAAUCCAACUGCACGAGACACCAUCCUGAACCUGACCUUGACAGCCCUUGCUCCUGAAUUUAAAGCCUUUGAGCCUGAAGACUUUGAGCUGUGGUUCCAGGUCAAUUUGGUCAGCGUCAUGGCCAGCAUCCAUCCUGGCAGCUUGGUGGUGAUUCCCAGGAACAUCAGCUGUGCAUCCUACAAAGCUAUAUCCCGACUUGAACAAACCCUGUCUACUGCCAAUUCCUCUGAAGCCCUGUGCAAUUUGACCAUCACAAUGCAUGCCUGUUCCUCAGCCUCUCAUCUCACGCCCAGCAACCUGGCAACCCUUUUGAAAUGCUCACUGGAAAGCCAAAAGACAUACACUGUAGAGGUCUGGAAGCUUCUCUUCCAAAAAACAUCAGCUGCACUAGACCAAGCUCUUGAAUCACUUGCAACCAUGGCCUCCAACAACAGCUACCCAUCCUCCUCAACUGCUCUCGAGGCGCUUGGAGAGGUCAGAUUUGCCAACUUCAGCCAGUCACAGUUGCAGAGUGACGAGUUUGUCAACAGCUGGUUCCAGACAAGGAUCCCUCCGUUUUUGGCUUCUCCAUCCAGGAACUUCCUAUCCUGCCUCAGCUCAAACAACUUCAGCUGCCAAACUUACCAGACCGUUGUCCGGGCAUUCAGCGGUCAGAAGUCAUUCAUGGACAGAGAGAGACAGCAAGCAGUCUUCACUCAUUUCAUCAAACCGUUCCUCUCAAGAAAUGGCUCGUCAGAUCCUGGCUGUGUCUCAUCUAGCAACGGAAGCACAGAGUGGCUACAGGCAAACCUUGGUGUCUUCUCUGGUUUUGCAACCCUGUCGGAUUUAAAGCUCCUCAAUCCCAACGUCUCCGCUGCUGAAUCCUUGUCGGCCUUCACUCCCGCUCAGAUGGCACAGCUAACACUGACGUCAGGGGCAUCCAAUGACACGGAGCAAAUCGACCUUGUGUUUGAGCAACUCGAGAAAGGCGAUGCUCUGGAAAGUGUGAAUGAAUUCCUGACAGAGCUGACGGCAGACGAAAAGAGCCCUGACUUCCAACCUGUUGUGAGCGAUCGCAUAAUGAACAGGACCUUCCACAUCAUGAGUCCCCAUUUGAUCGACUUCAACACAGCGGACUGGUUUGCUUGGUUCCACAUCAAACUGGUUCCCGUCCUUUCAGGUUUCCGUGCAGUGAUGCUCACAAAUGUAGCCGCAAAUAUAAACUGCACAAACUACCAAGUUGUUGUGAGUGGGAUGGUCAAAGGUUUCCCUGGAAUGCCUGAGCGCAGACGACUUGGAAUCUCAAAUGCCAUGCUGGCUUACCUCACAUCUGCCAGGGUCAUCAGUGAGCCAG